AUGACUCGCGCUGGUGCUCUGCUCUCGGUGGGAGGAGCCUGGCCUGUGGAGCCAGCGGAGGACUCCAGCGAGGACCUUGGAAUGGAAGAGCUCCGGAUGCCGGCCAUCCACAGUCCUCCGUACUUCAUCAUUGAACGACUGGCGAACGGCUCGUUCAGCUUCAGCGGCUUCCUGUUCGACAUCUGGACGAUCGUGGUCGACCAGCUCGAGCUCAGGUAUCGAAUCACUCCUCUGUCCCACGGCGGCUUCGGCAGCCUCGGCGCCAACGACACGUGGACCGGCAUGAUUGGGGAGCUGGUGGCCGGCCGCGCCGACCUGUCCAUAGCGGGCUACUACUUCCAGCAGGACCGCGCCCAGGUCAUCGACUACGUCGACGCCGUGCCGAUGGCCGUCACUGAGGACAGGUUCUACGUUCCUCGAGGUGGGUCGACAGGCGCACCGGCGGUCUCAUUCGGCAUGUUCAGCUCGCUGCUGAAGCCGCUGCAUCGGGACGUCUGGUGGCUGCUGCUCUGCGCUCUGAUGCUGGUGGCGGUCGUCGUCUGGGCUGCAGUGCGUUUCAACCACGUCAGAGCUGAGUCGGCGCAGACGCUAAGGGAGAUGAACUGGGGCUCAUGUCUUCUCUCUAGCUUCAUGACGCUGGUUAGCCAGAGCUGGGUGAGGACCCCGGAAUCGCUGGCCGCGCGGACGGCGGUGCUCUCCGGUUGGCUGCUCGGUGUGCUCAUCUAUCAAAACUACACGGCCAUCCUGAUCUCCUACUUGACGUGGACGACCGUACCCAAACCCAUCAGCAAUCUACAGGAGUUCUUCGCUCAGCCUGAAUGGGUCUUUUCCAUUGAGCCAGCGUCACUGUGCUCGUCCUGGAAAGGGUGA